AUGACACGCAUAUGGAGCAACACACAGACGUUAGUAUCCUAUUAUAUAACAUUUCAGGUAUUUGACAUACAGAGCAAGAAGGACACCCCGCUUUACAAGAACUCGACGUACAAAUGUCCGCUCUGCUUCAAAGGCUACCAAUACGAGGACGCGUAUGACACGCAUAUGGAGCAACACACAGACAAAUACGGCGUUUUUGAGUGUGCAGUAUGCGGCAUCCACACCAGAAGUCGUCAGAAGCUUCUGCACCACCUCAACAUGACGCACAUGGUGCGUUACUCCUGCACCAAGUGUCCCUUCUUCACUAGACACAGGAAUACCGCGAAGUCCCACGCUCGCUGGCACAACGGCGUCAAAUCCAAGUGCAAAUAUUGUGACGUGGAAUUCAGCAAGCUGACGUCACUGCUGUCUCACCUGCGCAAGAAGCACCCGUCGGACCAGGUGUGCACUCUGUGCGGGUUCUCGUUCAUCGGAGAGAGAGGUCUGGCGCUGCACAUGCAGAAGAAACACCAGUUCGAUGACGUACAGGUGAGUAUGUUGAUGAUGUCACGCCGACAGCAAGCUGACGUCACUGCUGUCUCACCUGCGCAAGAAGCACCCGUCGGACCAGGUGUGCACUCUGUGCGGGUUCUCGUUCAUCGGAGAGAGAGGUCUGGCGCUGCACAUGCAGAAGAAACACCAGUUCGAUGACGUACAGGUGAGUAUGUUGAUGACGUCACGCCGACAGCAAGCUGACGUCACUGCUGUCUCACCUGCGCAAGAAGCACCCGUCGGACCAGGUGUGCACUCUGUGCGGGUUCUCGUUCAUCGGAGAGAGAGGUCUGGCGCUGCACAUGCAGAAGAAACACCAGUUCGAUGACGUACAGGUGAGUAUGUUGAUGACGUCACGCCGACAGCAAGCUGACGUCACUGCUGUCUCACCUGCGCAAGAAGCACCCGUCGGACCAGGUGUGCACUCUGUGCGGGUUCUCGUUCAUCGGAGAGAGAGGUCUGGCGCUGCACAUGCAGAAGAAACACCAGUUCGAUGACGUACAGGUGAGUAUGUUGAUGACGUCACGCCGACAGCAAGCUGACGUCACUGCUGUCUCACCUGCGCAAGAAGCACCCGUCGGAC